CCCCUGUCUAGACCUCCGGCACGCAAGCCACUCGCGUAUCCCCAUACCCCGCAAACGGAAGCACGGAGAGCUUCGAGACCUGGGUGUUUCGUAGUUCAGGCCUCACAGCCCCAAAGAGUUCAUCCCUGCUCGCCGAACCACUCACACCGUCCUCAAGCGAGUCGGACGCUAACGGCCAUGUCUUCACUGCCUCACACCGUCACCGCCUCGGCGGUGGAGGCGCAGAAGGACGUGACGCUCCGCGAGCCGUCCCCACAGUUUACCAACGGCGAGAUUCCAGUGCAGGAUGACAAGAAAGGCGAGAAGAAGAAAAAGCGAAGCGGACGAUCGGGGGCCAAGAAGCGGGGGACUGGUUUCGAGGGUAACUAUUCCGUGUCCUUCCGUGCCCGCCCGCCCGGUGGCUGUGACAUCGAUAGCGUUGUUGCAUGGGUAUUAUGGGUGUACCUACAGUUGACACUUUUGCGCCUUUCAGAGUUCUACUGCGACCCUCCAGUGACUCCAGACGAGUACGACCAGGAGAAGAACGUCAUCUACCCCCCGCACCGCUCUUUUGUCGACCGCAUCGAGGAGGCUGUCCAGCGAUUCCGCGCCCGUCGGCGCAUGGAUUCCGAUCGGGAUAAUCUGUUCUCUAGAUAUCUCUUCCUUGGCGGCAUCGACACCACAGCCCGUCAGUUCCAGGGCACUCGAAACCUAGGCCAUGACACCUUGGAUGAAGCUACCAAGGCAAACAUCCGCGAGAUGACGGCAGACGACGUGAUUCACCGUGGCGGAGGUGCAAGCUACGAUCACCGCUUCUACAAUCCUAACUACCCUGAGCACUGGGAUGUGGACUUCGCUGGCGUUGCCGCUGGAUUCUUGUCGGAACAACUCGUCAAGUUUGCUGGUCCCGCCGUAGAUGAUUAUGGCAUGGGUGUCGAGGUGGUCUCCCACUUUCUCAAGUACAUUGACCAUCACGACGUCUGUCCCGAAUAUGCGGAGGACAUCAAGAACGCGCAAAAGAUUUGUCGUGAGGCGCUCGAGCAAGUCCCAGCCAUUGCCAAGCUGUUGGAGCUGCUUCCUGGCCAGUUCAAUACUGCUGCUCGCAAGCUAUUCUGCAAGGUGGACCGUGGCAUCUUCGGUUUCAAUACUUACAUUAAUUCAUCAGAUCAAGACCUCGAUGAGAAAGGCGCACGCCGCAUCUUCGGCGUCACGCUAGCGGUCUUACUCCGCCCCGUAGGCACGCCCGUCAUCCCCGAUUCCGACAUGACUGUCAUUGACACUGCCGAGCGCAGCUAUGAGGUUUGCAAAAUCUCUACUGCCAAUGAUGAGCCGCGUGCCAAGUACAAGGCCAUCAAUGAAUAUCUCGCUUUGAGCAAGGAGAUCGAGCCUUGCGGCUCUAUGGCCGUCCGCCCAAUUGUCAUCCAGACCGGCUGGGACAACGGUCAAGUGGCCGAGGUUUCGGUUGAUUGUCCUGAGGAGAUCUUCAUUCUCGAAGAAGGUCUCCUACAGUUCCUCAAGGUUGGUAUGAAGAUGGUAUUGGAAAUCUGCACCUUGAAGUGCGGAAUCAAGUUCAUCAAGAACAUCAAGGAGAUACUCCCAACAUUCCACACCUUCCUGCCCCAGGAGCUCAUGUUCGGCUACAAGGAGCCUGUCCUAAGUAAUCGCCCGGCACCGAGCGUGUAUAACCCGGACAACGCCGCUGCUGAGGACGUACUCAACUCGAUCCCGAUUGGUGAUCCUGAAUACUAAACACAAAGGCGGAUGGCGCUUUUAGGGGCAGCUAUGCUGAAGCUUAUUCUCACGGCCGCCACCAGUCCAGAAUAGUAUUCCCAGCAAUACUCAAGACUUAACUUACUUCCUAUCUGUUAAUUCUACCCCGGCCCCCGACCCCGAGUAGGGGCUUUACGUAGCUACAUCGUCCAGCUUAUCGGUGAGGAUAUUUCG